GGCUCAAGUUGGAGGAGUUGCACGGCCAGGCCGAUCUGCAAGAGCAGAAUGUUGGGAAGGUUUUCAGAUGACGCCGUUUGGCCAUCACGAGCUGGAGUAUUUGGUGGGCCUUGCACCCUUGGUCUUUGGUAUGGUCGCGAUGCCGACCAUGGAAGAAGCCUUUACGCACAGGCUAUCAUUUCAGAGGCAAGUCCUUGUAGCGCCUGCUGAUGCGCUGCCCACGCUCCGCCGCUGCGUGCUGACAAAAUCAACUCUGGAACAAGGCGAAUGGUGGCGCCUUUUCACUUACAUGUUUGUCCACAGAGAUUGGGAACAUGUUUGGACGAACAUCGGAGGACUGCUGUGUAAUGGUUUUGCAGCAUUUACGCAGUUCGGCCACAUAUCUACCUAUGGAGUCUUUUUGUUGAGUGGACUGCUGGCUGGCACAAACUCCUGGGGGCGUGCUUACCAGACAAAGGCGCAGCUUCAAGCAAGCGUAGCAGACCUUCCACAAUCCUUUGGCCCGGUGCGUGUGCCAAAUUUGCUGCGGGAAUGUUGGGCUUCCACCAAGCAAGCCACUGCCAAUUGGACCGCUCCCAGAUUGAGCGGGCGGACGGACAUCUACGGAGCCUCAGGAGGGGUGUGUGGGCUCAUGGGCUUUAACUUGGGCUUAUGGGCCCAUCGUGUUUGGCGCCACCUGCGCGCCGAUGCGGAGAGCUUCCAGCUGCGAAAUGUGGCGCCGUCGUUCGCCACGCUUGCGACUGCGCUGCAGUCCGCCUCCUUCCUUGCCCAGGAGUGGAGGUCCUUGCACGGUGAUGCUGGCUUCACUGGGGUGGACCACGCAGGACAUUUGACAGGCUUCGCGGUUGGUCUGGUCUGUGCCGUUGCAGCUGUAGUACUACAGGACGACACGUCGUAAAGGGGCGCAGUCAGC